UCUGCGCUUCAUCCCGCACAGCAUGCGCUCUGAGAGCUGAAGGACAGGUCGGAGAUCUCACUCUCUCUCUCUCUCUCUCUCUCACACACACACACACACACACACACCUACACCUGCUGUUCCCCAGGACUGAUGGAGCUGUGUGUGUGUGAGCGGUUCCCCUCGGACAGGGAGCUGGUGUUCCAGGCCAGAGUGCUGUGCCGGGAGUUCAUGUUCUCCAGAGUGACCCGGGAGGGACUGAGCUGGUGUCGGGUGGGAGCGGACCCUCCGGAUCCUCCCGCCGAACUCACACCUGCAGCCCUGGUGCUCCUCAAACUGGGUGAUGAAUUGGAGAAGUUACAGCCACGCCUCUAUCGAAACAUCGCCAAGCAGCUGAACGUCUCGGUGGCGGUGGGCGCUCUGGUGUCCGACGCUUUCCUGUCUGUAGCAACUGAAAUGCUCUCUCUCGGCAUCACUUGGGGGAAAGUGGUGGCCAUCUUUUCGGUAGCUGGUGGUCUGGCGGUAGACUGUGUGCGACAGGAGCAUCCGGCUGUAGUGUACACUAUAGAGGACAGUCUAGGGGAGUUCGUGAGGAAGAGUCUAGUUCCCUGGCUCAGGAUGAGAGGAGGAUGGGGCGACAUUACAAAGUGUGUGAGGAACCUAGAAACCCACAGUAAACCACCCUGGCUCUCAUCAGCCAUACAGACCUGGAAACACCUUCUGAAGAUGAUCUACAUCUACCUGAUGAAGUCACUGUGAGGCAUUUUUACCCCUUCAGAUCGCCACGUGGACAGCUCGUGAUGCCCUCUAGUGGCUGUUCUCUGUAAUACACUCCUAAAAUCUAGGGUGCAGUUUCAAUGCAAGUUUUAUAAGAUUAUUAUACUACUUUAAAAUUGUCCAACAUAAAGGCACAUGUUUAUUUUCAUACAUAAUAUAUAUAUUUUUUAAAAACACAGUACAUAAAUAAAGAUCAAAUGCAUUUGAUUUAUGUAAUUAUAUUUAUAUUUCAAUCAAAUCACUUCAAGGGUACUUUAGGCCACGCCCCUUACCUGAACCAAGAAAGAUUAGUCUUCAAGGCUGAAGCUCUUAUUUAUAUAUAUAU